CCCGGGCGGUAGAGGGUUGCGGCGAGCGUGCGGGAUGAGUGGGUCCCUGGGCAGGGCGGCGGCGGCUCUGCUCCGCUGGGGGCGUGGCGCGGGCAGCAGCGGCCUGGGGGGCCCGGGCGUGCGGACGGCGGGAUCGGGAGCGGGCGGCGCCUCGCCCGAGCAGCUGGACGCGCUGGUGAAGAAGGACAAGGUGGUGGUCUUUCUCAAGGGCACACCGGAGCAGCCCCAGUGCGGCUUCAGCAACGCGGUGGUGCAGAUCCUGCGGCUGCACGGUGUGCGGGACUACGCGGCCUACAACGUGCUGGACGACCCCCAGCUCCGGCAAGGCAUUAAAGACUAUUCCAACUGGCCAACCAUCCCGCAGGUGUACCUCAACGGCGAGUUUGUGGGCGGCUGCGACAUUCUCCUGCAGAUGCACCAGAACGGGGACCUGGUGGAAGAACUGAAAAAGCUGGGGAUCCGCUCCGCCCUUUUAGACGAAACGAAAGACCAGGACUCGAAGUGAGGCGGCGGGUCCCCCGCACAGAGGCCGCGCCGUGGGAGAGGGAGCCGCGGGGGUCGCACCCUGGCCGCUGCGGAGAGGCCUCACCGAGCCGGCUUUCCCUGCUCAGGCGCUGCUCGGACUCCUCCAGGGUGUGAGCAGUCGGGAGAUUUUAGUGUGUCUGAUGUUCGGGGCUAGGAAGAUGCUGUCGUGAAUUUAAUUAUAACCGCUGCGCUGUAAUAAUUCAAGGUCGUGUUAUCAUCUUGAUGUAAACAGAAUUUGUUCUCAUAUAGUGAUUUGCUCUUUGCCUGACUCAGGAGUAAAACUAGGAGGUUUUGAAUCAUGAUUAUCACUCGUGAGUCCUCUGCCAAUGUGUCAGUCUCGGAAGAUCACAUGUCCCCCCAAAUUUUUGUAACUUGUUCUGUUAAGAAAAAUUGAUGGGCAAGGAAGAGAACAUGAUAACUGGGGUGUCGUUUUUUAAAAUAAACGGCCAGGGAUAGAGCGCGUCGAGUCGUUAAUUCUGAACAACAGUAAGUCGGUUUGUAGUCUUUCCUGCUGCUACAG